UGUCUAUAGCUGCAUUACAGCCACCCACAGCAGUCCUCCCUUCUGCCACUGCAGUACCACGUUCUGUACCACUACUGCCCUGUUGACCGGAUUAACUCAUAGGCGGCGAAAAGACCACACAGCCAUCAUGUCUGAGAAAAAGAUGUCAUCGAGCCGCAAGCAUCAUCUGAAGAGCAUAAUGCUCCAGAUCGCCCAGGAACUGAUAGCGGCAGAGGAAGCCCAGUCGUUAGAGGACAGGAAGCAGUACAUGAGUGAAAAUGUCGCUCCCCUGCAGCUCCCAGGAUCCAUCGCAGAACUCCAGGACCUGUGUAAGAAGUUGCACCAGAAGAUUGAUGUGAUGGAUGAGGAGAGAUACGACCUGGGCAGCAAAGUUGGCAAAAGUGACAAAGAGAUUGAGGACCUGAAGAUAAAAGUACAGGACCUGAAGGGCAAGUUCAAGAAGCCCGUCCUGAAGAAAGUACGCAUGUCUGCUGAUGCUAUGCUCCAGGCUCUGCUGGGCUCCAAACACAAGGUGUCCAUGGAUCUGAGGGCCAACCUGAAACAAGUCAAGAAGGAGGUCAAGGAGGAGGACAAAGAUUCUGUGGGUGACUGGCGUAAGAACAUUGAAGACAAAUCAGACAGAAAGAAGAUGUUUGAGACCGUUUGAACAACCUUCUGUCUUUGGUUACUAAGUUAUCCAGACAGGACUCGUUUCUUCAGUUGUUUGUUUUCGUCUCUGGCUAAAUGAAUUGUUAUGAUAUCUAAGAGGUAGUUCCAUCUCUCUGGGACUGUUUUAAGAGAUGUUAAUGAAUUGUUAUGAUAUCUAAGAGGUAGUUCCAUCUCUCUGGGAAUGUUGUGACAGAUGUUAAUGAAUUGUUAUGAUAUCUAAGAGGUAGUUCCAUCUCUCUGGGAAUGUUGUGACAGAUGUUAAUGAAUUGUUAUGAUAUCUAAGAGGUAGUUCCAUCUCUCUGGGAAUGUUGUGACAGAUGUUAAUGUGUGUAAUCAAAACAACCUGUACUACUGUUUAAUACUUUAUUCCUUUGUUCCAAUUCAAUUUCUCAAAAUAAAUUAUUUGCUGGAA